AUGGCCGCCACCACGCCCGCGCUUUCGCCGGGUUCACUCCCUGGCAAGGCUCCCAACCUGAACCGCAACAGGGAGAGAGGCCACACCCUGCUCUAUGCCGAUUACUUUGCCAACACCCCGCUCUUCAAGCCAGAUAAAUUUCGUCGCUGUUUUCGUAUGGCAAGGCAUGUGUUCAAUCGUAUCCGAGAGGGAGUGGUUGCUCAUGACCCAUACUUCGAGUGCAAGACGGAUGCCCUUGGCAAGCUUGGAUUCUCCUCUUACCAGAAAUGCACCGCGGCCAUCCGCAUGCUUGCAUAUGGUAUUCCAGGCGAUCUGGUGGACGAGUAUGUGCGUAUGAGUGAGACAACAUGUCUGAUGUCAAUGUACAAGUUUUGCCAGGCUGUGAUCGAGGUGUUUGGCCCAGAGUACUUGAGGCAGCCAACUGCCGCUGAUACAGAGAGAUUGUUGGCGACCAAUGCAGCUAGAGGCUUUCCAGGCAUGCUUGGCAGCAUUGAUUGUAUGCAUUGGGAGUGGAAGAACUGUCCAUUUGCUUGGCAGGGCCAGUACAAGGGGCAUGUUAACGGGUGCACUGUCAUAUUAGAAGCGGUGGCAUCGCAAGAUCUUUGGAUAUGGCAUUCUUUCUUCGGUAUGGCAGGUUCUCACAAUGAUAUCAACGUGCUGCAACGUUCUCCAGUCUUCGCGAGGCUUGCAGAAGGAAACUCCCCACCUGUCAACUUUGAGAUCAACGGCCACCAGUACAACAAAGGAUACUAUCUAGCAGAUGGUAUAUAUCCUCAGUGGUCAACUUUUGUGAAGACAAUCUCGAAACCCCAAGGUGAGAAGAGAAAAAGAUUUGCCCAAAUGCAAGAGAGUGUUAGAAAGGAUGUGGAACGUGCUUUUGGUGUGCUUCAAUCCCGGUGGGGUAUCGUUCGAAACCCUGCACUGUCAUGGGAUGAAAGGAAUCUUUGGGAGGUGAUGACUGCUUGUGUGAUCAUGCACAACAUGAUCGUCGAGGAU